AUGAGACCUAAGGCCCCUCUGCCACUAGGCGAAACCACGAACGCCAUCUACCGUACUCAGUGUAACUCCUGCGAAGUCAACUACAUUGGGGAGACCGGCAAACGACUGCAGACCCCUGUUGGAGAACACAUGAGGGCAGUAAGGCGAAUGGACCCUUUGUCUCUGGUGGCAGGACACUGCGCCGAUUCUGGUCACACGUUCGCCUUUCAGCAUGUCGAAACUCUGGGCCGAGGGAGCGACCGCAUAGUCAGGGAAACAAUCGAGGUUUGGCACACGGAGACAACCUCCAUCAACCGUUGUGUGGCUCUUCCCGCUGCCUACCAAGCCCUUCGGGUGCAGCCCGGUGAACAAAUGAGCAACCGCGAACCCAGGCUAAACACGAAUCUAAACAUGAGCGAGUCCAUGGCGGAUACACACUCAGUCGCCUCUCAACCUGGGUCCGACGUAGGCGCAGUCGUCACCACAGCCGUUCCAUCCACUAGUCCGGACGAUGAGAAAACGGAGUCGUUGCGGCGUUACCAAGAUAGCCAGACUUGGACGACAGCUAAAGUGAAUGAAGGUACGAACGGCGGCCGCCAAAGUCUCAACGCCGGUCCCCGAUGUAGACAGAGUACAUUCCGUCACCCUCCCUCCCUCCCUGUCCGCCACAGUCCCUGUGUGCAUGUGGCUGGUGACCAUUAA